CAGUUGGACAAAGUUUUGCACGAUAUCUCUGGUUUGCAAACAGUCAUGGAUGGUAUCCACACACUUCAGCAGCAACUCGUCGAGCAGAAGAACAAAAUCGUCGAAUCCAUUAAUUUGCACAAGAGGCUCGUAUCACCCCUCUGGCGCUCGCCAACUGAAGUCCUAUCCCAAAUCUUUUCUCACUGUCUCCCACAAAUUCCGAAACUCGAUAGGUUGCAGCUCCCAUCAAAGCUAACCGCACCUAUGCUGUUGACCAGAAUAUGUCGACAGUGGAGGGAGGUUGCUGUGGGCACGCCUAACUUGUGG